AUGGAGAGGCUCUUCCCACCACAUGUCCGUGUCGACGACGACGACGACGACGAGACAACAUCCAAGACAUGUCCGCUGCUCACUGAGUCUCGUCGGCACCCCUAUCCAUCAGACGCUAACCAACCGAGACUAACGACCGCUUCACGAGACCCGAGUUUUGGACGGGACAAGAAAUACUCAAGAUUUUAA